CAACAGCGCACGCAUUGAAAAAGUACUAUUCUAGCCACAGUGUCAUUUGGCCACAGCAAGCUGUGGUAUAUUUUUGGCGCGCAUUUUAAUGUUGUUGUUCUUGCUUAAGCUAAUUGCAUAGCGCAGUUGAAAAUUUAAUGAGACUAGUGAGAAAAAUAAAAGGCAACUAACGAUAGCAAAUACAAUUGCUUAUAAUUAAUUGAGUGACAUUUGUUUUGGUUUUUUGUUCAAGUGUAAGUUAAGUGCGUGUCGUGAACAGCAACAACAAUGUCAAGCGAGAUCAAAUGGCGUUGAGCAGACGUUCCAGAUACACUUACAAAUCCCUUGGCGCCGCCAGCACGCAACUCCGUUGGCUAAACUGCCUCAUACGGCUCUGUUUGUUUAUCCGUGUUGCUAAGCUGGCAGCAUUCGCCGAGGAGGUCAGCACUUCGACUGGCAUCUCGGAAGAAUGGGGAUCCGGCUGGAAAGGUGGCACCAACUUUCUCGUCGAGGUCGAAGAAACAGCUGCCAUGUCGCCACCGAAUGAGGCACGUGGCAGCAGCAACACAUCCGACGAUUACAUCGCUGAGCUGAACAGUCGAGAAGACAGCCAGGAUACAGGUGCCACAGGUGCCACAAUUACAGCAAAUGGCACCACCAUCGAAACGGGACCCAAAAUCAUAGUACGCACCGAGGAGGUUUUGAUUGUGGGACUCGUGCUCAUCCUUUGGGUUGGGGCCAUAAUGCUCUUCUUCAAUCGCUGGGGCAAAAUACGCAUGUUGGAACCUUAUCAGCCAAAGUUUCAGCAACAACAUCGCAGCUCCUGUCCCCUGGUCGAUAUGGAAGCGGUAACGCCGCAUCAGCGCACCUCCGUCUCACGAAUGUCGAUGGGCAUGGUGCACAAUCACAAUUUGAAUAUGCCAACGUGUCAAUUUGCAGCCUAUAAUCCCAGUCUUUAUGCGAAGGGUUACGCCUCCCACGUCUCACACGUCUCGAGGCCCCGUCAGAACUCCGUGUUCGUUGGAGCCAGCACGAGUCACUAUUUGAUGCCGAGGCCGCCAAGGAAGACGCGCUCGGCGAUGGAUCUGCACUCGAUGGUUCUGGAUGAGAGCGCCGAGCAGGUGUAGAUACAGAUACUAUCUGCUAGAUAGCAUAAGAUACAAGUUAUGGGUGUGGUUGUAUGUGUGUGCGACUGUGUGUAUCUGUGUGUGAGUGUGUGCGAGAGAGAAGUGCAUUAAGUAAGUCGGUGAAUAAGUAAGUAGGAGUAGGCGUAGAGGUUUAUAAUUAGUGCGGAGCUAUAGAAGAUGCAGCAGAGGAAAGAGAAGAUAUCAAAA